GCCCUAGGCUCCGCCCCCGCCGGGAGCUGCCCGCGCCAGGCCCAUCCUCCGCGCCCCGCCCGCUCAGUCAGAAUUCGGCCGCGUUGCUCUCGAUCCACGAGCCACUAGCUGUUCGUCGACUGUCUCGAGGCAGCACCUCCGCUCCACCAUGAGCCUCGAUAUCCAGUGUGAGCAUCUGAGCGACACCAGGUGGACCGAGCUCCUCCCCCUGAUCCAGCAGUACUCAGUGGUCAGGCUGGACGACUGUGGCCUCACGGAGGCACACUGCAAGGACAUCUGCCCUGCGCUCCAGGCCAACUCCGGCCUGACCGAGCUCAGCUUGCGCACCAAUGAGCUGGGCGACGCGGGGGUGCACCUGGUGCUGCAGGGCCUGCAGAGCCCCACCUGCAAAGUCCAGAAGCUGAGCCUGCAGAACUGCUGCCUGACGGAGGCUGGCUGUGCGGUCCUGCCCGCUGCGCUGCGCCGCAUGCCCACCCUGCGCGAACUGCACCUCAACGACAACCCCCUGGGGGACGCGGGCCUGCGGCUGCUCUGCGAGGGACUCCUGGACCCCCAGUGCCACCUCGAGAAGCUUCAACUGGAGUAUUGCAACCUGACGGCCGCCAGCUGCGAGGCCCUGGCUGCCGUGCUCUGGGCCAAGCCGGGCUUCAAGGAGCUCAUGGUGAGCAACAACGGCAUCGGGGAGGCCGGCGUCCGCGUGCUGUGCCAGGGCCUGAGAGACUCCGCCUGCCAGCUGGAGACGCUCAAGCUGGAGAACUGUGGUGUCACGCCGGCCAACUGCAAGGACCUGUGUGGCAUCGUGGCAGAGGCCUCGCUGCAGGAGGUGGACCUGGGCAGCAAUGACCUGGGCGACGCGGGCAUCGCAGAGCUGUGCCCAGGGCUGCUCCGUCCCAGCUCCAGGGUCAAGACCCUGUGGCUCUGGGAGUGCGGCAUCACCGCCGAGGGCUGCAGGCACCUGUGCCAGGUCCUCAGGGCCAAGGGCAGCCUGAAGGAGCUCAGCCUGGCUGGCAACGAGCUGGGUGACGAGGGGGCCCGGCUGCUGUGUGAGAGCCUGCUGGACCCCGCCUGCCAGCUGCAGUCGCUGUGGGUGAAGUCCUGCUGCCUCACGGCUACCUGCUGCCCCCACUUCAGCUCGGUGCUGGCCCAGAACAAGUCACUCCAGGAACUGCAGAUCAGCAGCAACAAGCUGGGGGACGCAGGGGUGCAGCAGCUCUGCCAGGGCCUGAGCCAGCCCAGCUCCACCCUGAGGGUUCUCUGGCUGGGGGACUGCGAGGUCAGUGACGACGGCUGCAGCACCCUUGCCUCGGUCCUGCUGGCCAGCCGCAGCCUGCGUGAGCUGGACCUCAGCAACAACUGCAUGGGGGACCUCGGCAUCCAGCAGCUGAUAGAGAGCCUCCGGCAACCGGGCUGCGCACUGGAGCAGCUGGUCCUGUACGACAUCUACUGGACCGAGGAGAUGGACAGGCAGCUGAAGAUCCUGGAAGGACAGAAGCCUUCCCUGCGGAUCAUCUCCUGAGGCACCUCCAUGCCCACCAGGCUCCUGGACAGGCCUGACCUUGGUCUACCCAUCACGGGGACUGCCCCGGCCUCUGGGGAGGGAGUCUCUGCGUGACCUAACUUUGAAGAGAAAUGCUCAAAUCAAGUUAUUGCUGCAAAUAAUUUUACACACUUUGUGAUUAUUAAAGCACUGUUUUGUCAAGUGG